CUCUUGGGCUGAGCCGUCCAGCCCCACCGCGGUGCCGGGAGGGGGGUGCUGGGGGGGGCCGGGGUUCCCCACCCUGUCACCUCGCUGUGCCCCAACACGCCGUGAAGGUCAGAGGCAAGGACGGUCCUCCUGGGUGCUGCCUCAGCACAUUCCCUGCCCGGCCAAGCAUGAGGAAUGGGGAGGCUUUGUCGGGGAUUAGGCGCUGACUUCGGGUCAUUGUCCCGCUUCCCCCCCAGCCCCAGCACCCCAACACCAUGCACAGGGUGCAGACACGGCUGACUGCCCUGGAAAGGUGUGAUGCCAGCUCCAAAGCAAUGCCACCCACGGGCUCCCUGGAAAGGGCUGGGUGCCCGACCCUGUCCUAGGGCACCUUAUCUCGGUGGAUGCCUGAUGACUCCCACAGAACCACCUGCAGUAAACAGAGCAGAAACCUGGCGUGGCUGAAUGCAGCCGUGCCCUGCAUGAAUCACAUCCCACGGCAUUGAGCUGGGGCUCCUGGGGGUCACUUGCACCCCCAGCACAGGGCUGGUGGCUGCAGGGGACAUGACAGUGCCAUGCCCAGGCCAUCCCAGGCCAGCGUGUGCCAGGCAGCACAGCUGGCUCCGUCCCGAGGUCUCUCAUCCGCUUGGCAGCCCUGGUCGAGGCCACGCCGACGCCUGCCAAGGGCACUCGGUCAUUAGACGGGCAGGAGCUGUGCAGGCAAAGCAACCUCAUCCAGGGACACAGGAGCCAGAGGGUCCCUGUGUGUCCCUGCUGUGUGUCCCUGUAGGCAGCACUUGUGGUCUCCCACCCCAGUGUCCAUCAGGGAUGGCACGUGGACACCCUCACCUGUUCCCAGGCAUGGUGUUGUGGGGACCAGAGGUGAUGGUGGCUCCUGGUGAGCGGUGUCACGGGCCGGGCUGCCUGUUCAGCUCCAUCCCCAUCUCUACCUCACACUGCCACUCUGCAGCUCAGGGCUGAGCAGGGCCCUUCCCAGCUGAGGGACAGCCUUCUGGAGGAGCACCCCAUGCUGGGGGCCCAGCACGAUGGGGACCCCUCUGGGAUGGCUGCCUGUCCCUGUCCUGGCUCACCAUGAUGGCUGAUGGGGCCGUUUCCUGUGGAGCGGGAGCCCCAGGGCCACACAUCCGGGCUGCACAUCUGGUGCCCAGCUGUUGCCCUCCCCCACCUCCCCUGGGCCCCAGCACCUGGGGCUGCGGGAGCCCCAUCCCCUGCCGGCCCCAUCCUGGCCAGCCGCCGGCACCCUCCUUAAUCCCAGGGGCUGGGACAGGCGAGGGGCUGCCGGGGCUCCAGAUGGUGCCAUGCUGCUCUCGGCGGCUGGCCCAGGCCCCUGGGGACAGGGGCUGCCGUGCCCUGCCGGGGGGGGGGGGGUUGUCUUGGGGGGGGUGUCUGGCCAUAGCAUUUCCCAGCUCAGACAGAUGGAGCGGGAUUAGAGCCGCAGCUCCCCCAGGGUUGCGGCUGGAUUUGGUACAGGGUGAGUGCUCAGCGGUGGAGGGACAGCACCAAUGUCCUGGGAUGGGAUGGCAGGGACCCGAUGGGACAUCGUGGCUGUGUCACUGGUGCUGUUCCCCAUCCCCGAGUAAUUCUGACCCCUUUGUGUCUUGCAGCGAAGGUGUCUUCAAGUGCCCAGAGGACCAGCUGCCCCUGGACUACGCCAAGAUCUACCCCGACCCGGAGCUGGAGGCGCAGGUGCUGAGCCUGGCCAUCCGCUGCAUCCACAGCGAGGAGGGCUGCCGCUGGAGCGGGCUCAUCAAGCACCUCCAGGCCCAUCUCAGCACCUGUGGCUUCAACGUGAUCCCCUGCCCCAACCGGUGCAGCGCCAAACUGAGCCGCCGUGACCUGCCCGAGCACGUCCAGCACGGCUGCCCCAAGCGCCGGGUCAAGUGCGAGUUCUGCGCCAGUGACUUCACUGGGGAGGCCUUUGAGGGCCACCAGGGCACGUGUCCCCAGGAGAGCGUGUACUGUGAGAACAAGUGUGGGGCCCGCAUGAUGCGGCGCCUGCUGUCCCAGCACACCCUGGCCGAGUGCCCCAAGCGCACCCAGCCCUGUACCUACUGCUCCAAGGAGUUCGUCUUUGACACCAUCCAGAACCACCAGUACCAGUGUCCCCGGUACCCUGUGCCGUGCCCCAACCAGUGUGGGACACCCAGCAUCCCCCGGGAGGACAUGCCCACCCACCUCAAGGAGAGCUGCAACACUGCCAUGCUGCUGUGCCCCUUCAAGGAGGCUGGCUGCAAGCACCGGUGCCCCAAGCUGGCCAUGGGUCGGCACCUGGAGGAGAGCACCAAGGCACACCUGGGCAUGGUGUGUGCCCUGGUGAGCCGGCAGCGGCAGGAGAUCCUGGAGCUGCGGCGCGACAUGGAGGAGCUGUCGGUGAGCAGCGACGGGACCCUCAUCUGGAAGAUCGCCGACUACGCCCGCAAGCUGCAGGAGGCCAAAGCCCGCAGCAACUACGAGUUCUUCAGCCCCCCCUUCUACACCCACAAGUACGGCUACAAGCUCCAGGUCUCGGCUUUCCUCAACGGCAACGGGAGCGGGGAGAGCAGCCACCUCUCCGUCUACAUCCGUGUGCUGCCGGGCGAGUACGACAACCUGCUGGAGUGGCCCUUCUCCUACCGUGUCACCUUCUCCCUGCUGGACCAGAGCGACCCCUCGCUCUCCAAGCCCCAGCACAUCACCGAGACCUUCCAUCCCGAUCCCAACUGGAAAAACUUCCAGAAGCCGGGAGCCUCGCGCAGCUCCCUGGACGAGAGCACCCUGGGCUUCGGCUACCCCAAGUUCAUCUCCCACGAGGACAUCAGGAAACGGAACUACGUGCGGGAUAAUGCCAUCUUCAUCAAAGCCUCGGUGGAGAUCCCCCAGAAGAUCCUGGCCUGAGCCCUUGAGGGGGGACAGGAUGUGAGUGGGGCACCCACCCAGGGGUGCCCCAAGUGGUGCUGAGCCCCUGCCCGCAGUCAGUGCUCCCGGCUUGGGGACACUGCUGUGGCGCAGUGGUGGCUCUCAGGAUAGGCAGGGAUGGGGCUGCUCCCACGUCCCUGCUGGGGCUGGGAUGCUCUGGCAGCCCCAGCUGCCCCCUGGGGCAGCCCUUUCUCAGGUGCCCGGGGGUGCCGGGGGCUGGGCCCCCCAAGCCUCUCACUGGGGCACCCAGCAGCCCCCACCAGCCUCACUGGGGACCCUGCAGGACCCCACUGCCCAGAGCCAUAUUUUGUAAGCUGGUGCUCCCCAGGUUGUUAUUUAUUUCCCUGAGCCGGGGCCGUUGCCCCCUUCCC